AUGGCAGCCAGCCCUGUCGUACUUAUUCUCGGAGCUGGGCCCAGAAUCGGCGCUUCUGUAGCUGAGAAAUUCGCCAACAAUGGCUACAAGGUUGCUAUUGUGUCUAGGAGUGGAAGCGGCACAAAGACUGCCAAAGGCUUUCUUUCUCUCAAGGCAGACCUUUACAAGCCCGAUUCGAUCCCAGCACUGUUUGAUGCAGUAAAGACCGAGUUCUACACGCCUCCUAGCGUAGUGGUCUACAACGCAGGAGGAUUUACAAACCCCCUAGAUAAGGACUCUAUGUUCUCAGUUCCAGCGGAAAAUGUUGCGUUGGAUUUGAAUAUCAACACCAUCAGCCCCUAUGUCGCAGCGCAGCAGGCUGUUAGUGGAUGGGCAACACUGCCCAUGGGGACUAAGAAGACGUUUAUCUACACUGGCAAUAUGACGAACGUCUCCAUUGUGCCUAUGCCACUCAUGUUGAGUAUAGGCAUUGGCAAGUCUGCUUCGGCAUCUUGGAUAGGCCUUGCUGAUACUUUGUAUUUGGCUCAAGGUUAUCGUUUCUUUUAUGCUGAUGAGCGUCAUCAAGAUGGCAAGUUAAAGGGUUCGGGAGUUGACGGUGAUGCACAUGGCGAAUUUUACUGGCAGUUGGCCAACCACGAAGAGAAUGUGCCAUGGCAUGCUACGUUCGUGAAGGACAAGGGUUAUGUUCAUUUCAGCUUGAACUGA